GAGAGAGAGAGAGAGAGAGAGAGAGAGAGAGAGAGAGAGAGAGAGAGAGAGAGAGAGAGAGAGAGAGAGAGAGCAGUGUAGGAUAGGGUGAUGCUGAAACGCUGAAGGCUUGUGUUAGGAUCACAGUCGGUUCUGCUGUCUCUGUUAAAGACGCUGGAAAUGUGUAGGUGUAUCUGUCAUGGAUGCAAAUGUGAUGCCAAAAUUCGCCUCCAAAGACGAGGAAAUUGACUUCUGGAAGGCUCUUUCACUCAAAUACAAGAAAAGUUAUAAGGAAGCACAGGAGGAGUUGCUGGAGUUCCAGGAAGGGAGCAGAGAGCUGGAGGCCGAGCUGGAGACACAACUGGGCCAAGCUGAGAAUCGUAUCAGAGACCUGCAGUCCGAAAAGGAAAGAAUGCAGCACGAGCUCGAGUCGCUCAGGGAGAAGUUGGAGCAGCAUUAUUCUCAGAGCUUUAAGCAGAUCUCCAUGCUGGAGGAUGACCUCAGUCAGACUCGAGGCAUUAAAGAACAGCUGCACAAAUAUGUCAGAGAGCUGGAGCAGGCCAAUGAUGACCUGGAGAGAGCUAAGAGAGCCACAAUUACGUCUCUGGAGGAUUUCGAGCAGAGAUUGAAUCAGGCCAUAGAGAGGAACGCGUUCCUGGAAAGUGAACUGGAUGAGAAGGAGUCUCUCCUUGUGUCUGUACAGAGACUAAAAGAUGAAGCCAGAGACCUGCGGCAAGAGCUUGCGGUGCGAGAAAGGCAGCCGGAGAUGUCAAGGAUGUCCGCUCCUAGCUCUCCAACUCCUGACAACGAUAAAACAGACUCGGGUGUCCAAGCCUCUCUCUCCUUGCCUGCUACGCCUCUUAGCAAGAACCUAGACAAUGCUUUCUCCAACCAGACUGUUCUGGUCACCAGCAGCACCAGUUCAGCCCUCACUCCAUCUGCUAGAAUAUCAGCCCUCAAUAUCGUCAGUGAUUUACUGCGCAAGGUUGGGGCUUUGGAGUCAAAACUCGCAGCUUGUAGAAACUUUGCCAAGGAGCAGGCAGCCAGGAAAAACUAUGUCACGAAUGUCAACGGCAAUGUGAUUAAUGGAGAGAUGGGAAAUUACUCUCACUCGCUUCACACAUCCUACUAUGACAAAGCAAGAGAGAGGGUCAUUUUCCCGGCAUUGCUUCUGGCAGGAAAGUGAACGGUUUGGACCCUGGUUCCGUGACGAGCAUCACCGCCCCUCCACGCUCCAACUCUCCAUCAAGCCUUGUGCUCAGCGUUUGACCUACAGACCCUUUAACCCUCAAAUACACAACAAAGAACUAAAAUACAGCAAUAUACCAAUUCCUUUUAAUAAACUACUGAUGCUGUCCGUCUGGAUUCAGUUUACAGUGGGUUCCAAUGGGGUUAGUAGCGGCACCUAAUGCUUUUUCUCUCUGUUGGAUUAUUCUAGUCGAGUUAUUGUUAAUAGUUCCUAAAAUAAUAGUGAAUAUCAACAUCUAAUAUAUUUAUGGUUGCUGUUUGUAAAGAUAUUAACUUAUAUGUACAUAUUAAGAUACGUUCUUUCUGUUUUUUGCAAAUGUCUUUUACCACGUUCCAGUGUAUUUAUUGCUAUAUUGUUAGAUGGCAAUAUUUGUGGAACCUGCUUAAAGGGAACUAAUAUUCGUUUGCACAUUAUAUGUGUUUGUGUAAGAAGGCGGAUCUGAAAUCUAUAAUAUACUGUAUAUUGAUAUGGAAGAAAACGAAUGUGUAAAUUGGAAGAUUAGACUUUAAUAUGCAUUUACCGUACAUGUGACGGUUAACUGGUUUCCAUAUAAUCCUUGUGUCUUAAUCUUGACUCACAAGGUCAGUUUAGAGUCUUUAAUGUGUGCCUCACAUGGGUGAUCUUCCUGUGUUUCAUCCUUUUAAACAUUUGACCUGGUGCAAGUGUGAAAAAGUAGGAUUUGGACAGGAAUGAGGAUACAGCAGGUUUAAUCAUUGUACUGGUGAUAAUGACAAUCGACUGACUAAUAUGACACUCAGGUUGGUUUCCCAGCCCCAUAGUAUUAGUUCAAAUGUGCACACGUUCAUUUUUAUAGACUUUUCCUGGUGGUAAAUGACAAAUCCUAAUCAGUUUGGUUUGAAUAGUGCAAUGAGUUCCAGAUGCACUUUGUUACUUUGUGUGCUCAAAUAAAUGGUUGUGUUCUCA